UACAGCGGCGGGGACACUUUUUAUUCUCGAACCGCGUGCGAGGGCUCGCCAGUAUCGUUUCGCUACUUCACCAGUGCACAUACCGCUGCCAGUGCGCACACAGCCGAAGCAGCAGCAGCAACAGCAACAGAAGCAGAACCAGGAUCAUCUCCUCCUGCUCCUUCUCCAGCUUCACCUUCAGCCAGAAUCAGCAACCAAACCGAAGGAGCGGAAGCCCCUUCUCGCCAACAUCAAACGACAACAAAUAAACGGCUGGGGUGGAGCAAAACACAGAGAGAGAAAGAAAGAGAAAGAGAGAGAGAGAGAGCGAUCGCGAAGGAUCUAGAACUUGCCAGCGAACCAGCCAGCCAUCGUUCGCUCUCGACUCUCUUGCCGCCCCUCUACUGCUGCACCUUCCAGCCGCUUCCAGCGCACUAGCGACGACAACAUGGUCCUCCGGAGUAAGCAACUAGUCCGGUAUGCCUUCCAGCGGCUACUGCUGCAGCAUCAGCAGCAGCAGCAGGUGCGGCUGUGCAGCGGCCAUGGCAUCCAGCAGCAGACCGCGCUCCGGGUAGAGGAAGAGGACAGCUUCCCCAAGCUGGCCGACUUACCACCAAUGGCCGCCCCGUUCCCGAUGACGCUCGAGCACGCGCCGGAUGUGGGCGAACAGUUCAAGUACGCCGAUCUGAGCGUGCGUCUUGCGGCGCCGCACCAGCUAAACCCGAAACCGGACGUCGACGAUCUGGCAUUCGGCAAGUACUUUACCGACCAUAUGCUACGCGUGUCCUACCACCGUCGUCUGGGCGGCUGGCAGAAGCCGGAAAUUACGCCGAUGGAAAACCUAAACCUGCACCCGGCUGCCAAGGUGUUCCACUACGCGAUCGAGCUGUUCGAGGGCAUGAAGGCGUACCGGGGCUACGAUGGCAAGAUUCGCUUCUUCCGCCCGGAGAUGAACAUGGCGCGAAUGAACGUGACCGCGUACCGGUCCGGGCUGCCAACGUUCGAUAGUGAGGAGCUAAUCAAGGCGAUGGCCCGACUUGUGACGAUCGACUCCGAGUGGGUGCCGCACACGGAAUCGGCCAGCCUCUACAUUCGCCCGACGCUGAUCGGGAUUGAGCCGACCCUAGGAGUGGCGUCGUCCGAUUCGGCCCUGCUAUACACGAUCCUGUCGCCGGUCGGACCGUACUUCAAGCCUGGCGUGAGUGGGCUCAAGCUGUACGCCGAUCCGAAGUACGCCCGGGCGUGGCCAGGCGGCGUCGGCGAUCGGAAGGUUGGCUCCAACUACGGGCCCACCAUUCACGUGCAGAAGGAGGCAGUGCGCAAUGGGUGCCACCAGGUGCUCUGGUUGUACGGUGAUGAUCACCAGCUAACCGAGGUCGGGGUGAUGAACAUCUUCAUGCUCUACAUGAAGGAAAACGGAGAGCGCGAGCUGCUGACGCCUCCAUUGGAUGGGUUGAUCUUGCCGGGUAUAACGCGCGACUGCAUCAUCCGUCUGUGCCACCAGUGGGGCGAGUUUUCGGUACGCGAGCAAAAGUUUACCAUGUCCAUGGUAAAGAAGUUGUCGAAAGAGGGCCGGCUGCUGGAGAUGUUUGGCGCUGGCACGGCAGCCGUCAUCAGCCCGAUUGAGUGCAUCGCAUACAUGGGCGACGAGAUUUUCGUGCCAACGGAAUCGCACGACAGUCCGCUGUACCGGCGGCUCUACACCACGCUCACCGACAUCCAGUACGGCAAACUCGAACAUCCCUGGGCCUACGUCAUAGACUAAGCGAUACCAGGGUAUUGGGCCUGUUCUGGUCCAUGUAUUGUGCCAGGAUGCCUACGUUCCAUGUAUGCCUUCCCCGUUCGUUCGGUUUUGGGCAGCCCAACCCUGUUGGUAGCGACAGAACGACUUGAAGCCACGCGAGCGCACCGUGUCACCAUGAUGGAAGACACGAGGCGUUUUUCAUGCGCUAUCCCUCGAUCCUUCAAAUCUAACAUUCCAUCAGCAAAUCCGUCUCCGUGUUGUGCCCUACUUCUACACCAUUCCCACACGCUCAUCCUUAACUCCUUUUAGCCCAUGCUGUGUUUAUAGCAGCGAAAUAGCGAAUCGAUAAGAAUCAUGUAGACGUUAGGCGGAUCCUGCCGCUUGCGUUAGCUUGUUGUGCCGAAUGAAUGUAUGAUGAGCAUUGAGGAGAUGUGAUACCGUCGCGGGUAGUAGUAGUAGGGGCUAAGUACACACUCCGAACUCCUAUGCCACGGUUGAGUCGCGCGCAACGAUCAAUGAACGACACAAAUUUAAUUUAAUUUUGAUUGUUUUUAAUUUACUAUUUACAACAGAGCGCCAAUCCUUAGCCAAAACCCCCAUUCUCGCGCUCGCCAUCCUCUUGGGAAGGCUUUAAAAGACAGCGAACAUAGGUUAAAGUAGACGCUAUAGCGUAUAGACAAGUUUCCACCAGAUCGUUAUCGUACUGUGGCUAAACGUGCAUUUACUAGUAUCUAAGGCUUAAGGACGGUUCAAACGGGGGUGGAACAUGGCGACUCGAACAUACCGAUUUGCCAUAUUUUAGAUUUUCAAGCUCUCCGUUUCUCUCUCUCUCUCUCUCUCUCUCUCUCUUCUCUCUAUAUAUAUGUCUUUCUAUGCUUUUAGGUCUUGUAGUUUAUUAUGCAAGACCUAGUGCAAAACCGGAGUAUUUUUUCAUACUGAGGUGACUGCUGUAUCGCUAGCGGUUGUUAGAUAUAUUAGCUCCCAACUUAUCGGCGACAUUCUAGCUCUUGUUCAAGUCUUCCUUCAAUAUUAUCGUUGAUUGGGAUGUGCAAGGGAAACGCAAUCGUCAAAAGAAAAUUGUAUCAUUUACCAAUUAUGAAUGUGCAACUACACCUACCGCCGGUCUCCAUCCCGUUUUACCUGUUGCUUUCUGUCUUGUGAUUUAUAGGCCCUCCCUAGUUGUAUACACCCGUUCGCAUUCUCCUCCAUAUGGUUUUCCAAGAAGAUUAAAAAAGAAAAAGUAUCCAAACUGCCCUUUUUCAGAUCGGUACAUAAAUAUUUUCUCUAUUUCGUGGAUGUUGUCCCUUUUUAUUGUGUAUGUAUGAGCGCAGAGAUCUUUUUAAAUUAAUAAUAACUUCAUUUCUACUUUCCUUUGUUCUGAGAGAACAAUGUUGUGUCGUACAAAGCAAGAAGAAAGUGCAUUUCCUCCCAAUUUGAUGUAUCUCUUUUGUACAUAUAGUGAAAGAGACAGGUUAGUGGUUCACAAUCGUGGGAGUUGUUGCUACUGCUGUUGUGCCAUCUACGACAGAUUACGCAUGUGUACAGUAGAAGGUGGCGACUGCAGUAUAUAUCCUAUUUGCAGGCGUUUCUAGAUGACUUUAAUUGGUUAAGAUUAGUUAAGCGUAUGUGUCAUAAAUGUUGCUAUGCAAAGCCGCAAGUGUAAUUAGUGCGUGUAUAGGCAGCGAAAUCAGGAUGAAAAUAAAUUGUGGGUACCUCAACUCGUUUUUUCUUUUUUCCACCCUUGACGACGAACAGAGCUA